AUGGAAAGUGGGGACUCUAAGAUUUGGAAAUCCAUUCUGAAGGCUCAAUCAAUUGCUAGUAGAUUUAUUUUUUGGGAUAUUGGAGAAGGAAAGAUCUCUUUUUGGCAUGAUCAGUGGGGUUUGGGGGAUCAUAAUACUUUUGCUGAAACACCUGAAAAUAACAAAUUACUUAUCUCGGAUGUUUGGAUUGAUGAAAAUUGGGAUAUCUCUAAAUUAUUUUCUCUGGCUGGGGAUAAAACUGCACAUGUUACUAAGAUCCCCAUUAAGAAGACUACUAUUGGCACCCCGCUUUGGAAAACCUCUUCUACUAUUUCUCCAUCUAAAAUGCUUUACUCGCAUCUCUCGAAUCUCUUUAGCUUUGAUAAAUGGCGGUGGGGGAAACCUAUUUGGAAUAAUUUCUUUACUCCUUCCGUCUCUUUCUUCCUAUGGAGAUAUCUGUUUAAUUUGCUUCCCCUUGACGACAUUUUGAAACUUAAAGGGCUCAAAUUGGCUUCCCGUUGUCAGCUAUGUAAUAGGGAGGAGGAAUCUGCUGUGCAUCUGUUUUUUCAAUGUUCUUAUGCUAAGGAGGUGUGGUUUAUUCUUGGAAAAAACUUUCAUGUUAACUGGCGUGAUUGCAUUGAUAUUGUUGAUUUUCUCCAUAUUUGGAGAGCUGCUGAUAUUUUGGACUCCAAAUUGGCUUUUUUUUCUAUGUUGGUCAUUUGGUUUCUCUGGACGACAAGGAAUGAUAUUAAAUAUCAAAAUUUGACUCCUGUUCCUUCUACCUCGGCUUCUCUGAUUCUUGCUUAUUUCACCCGAGCUUGUCGUAUUAUGGGCCUGAGAGAUGUUUUUCCCCAUCCCAAGGAGAGUAGGAUGGCCACUCUUGUUAGGUGGCAAUCACCUCCGUUCGGAUGGAUUAAAGUUAAUUUUGAUGGUAGCUAG